CCUCUCCCUGUCUCCGCUCCACUCCAUUCCAGUGGGCGCCGCCGCCGACCGAAUCCAGGUGACCGACCGCCUCUCCCUCCUGCAACUGACGCCGUGCCGCCCCCUUCUUUUUUAUAUCACUAAAGCACCAAGAAUAUAAGAGACCGGCACGAUCGCCUCCGCAGCGCUCUUCCAUUCGUCCCCAACUCCCUAUGGCGCCGCCGGUCGCCCUGCUCCUUCUCGCCGCCAUCGUGCUCGCGCGGGUCGUCACCCACGCCCACGGUGGCGGCGGCGGCUUCUAUGAUCCGGCGCGCGUCACCCAGCUCUCCUGGCGCCCCAGGGCGUUCCUCUACAGCGGCUUCCUGUCGGACACCGAGUGCGACCACCUCAUCAACCUGGCGAAAGGCAGCAUGGAGAAGUCGAUGGUGGCGGAUAACGACUCCGGGAAAAGCCUCAUGAGCCAAGUGCGCACCAGCUCCGGCGCCUUUUUGGCCAAGCACGAGGAUGAAAUUGUCUCUGCAAUUGAGAAACGCGUAGCUGCUUGGACAUUUCUUCCGGAAGAAAACGCUGAAUCAAUGCAGGUUCUGCGCUAUGAAAUCGGUCAGAAGUAUGAUGCCCACUUUGAUUAUUUUCAUGACAAAAAUAACGUGAAGCAUGGCGGUCAGCGAUUUGCAACUGUCCUUAUGUACUUGACAGAUGUCAAGAAGGGUGGAGAAACUGUAUUUCCAAAUGCUGAGGGAAGCCAUUUACAGUACAAGGAUGAAACUUGGUCAGAGUGUUCAAGAUCUGGCCUGGCAGUGAAGCCAAAAAAAGGAGACGCGCUACUGUUCUUCGGUCUUCAUCUCAAUGCAACAACUGAUACAAGUAGUCUUCAUGGGAGCUGCCCAGUAAUUGAGGGUGAGAAGUGGUCUGCAACGAAAUGGAUUCACGUCAGAUCAUUCGAUAAUCCUCCAAAUGUAAGGAUGGACGCGCCAUGUUCCGAUGACAAUGAGCUCUGCCCUAAAUGGGCUGCUAUUGGGGAAUGUUACAAGAACCCAACAUACAUGGUUGGCACCAAGGAUACUAAUGGAUUUUGCCGCAAAAGUUGUGGGCUCUGUGAUGCUUGAACUCCUCAACCAAUCUGAAUAUGGUUUGGGGUGUUAAGCCACUCACUAUAGGUUUUGACCCCAUCAUGUGUUUCACUCUGCUGAGUUGUAGAUAACAGAUGAACCAGGUCCCUGAGUAAUACAGGAGUGAUGUUUACUCCUUUCCAUAUGACCUGUAAAUUUACCUGACAGCAUCUUGAGAUAAUAAAAGUAAAAAAUUUCUGUCAGGACGACGCAAA